UAUAUUACUCUAGUUCUUUUAUUCAGCAGACCCGAAAAUGGUUUUAGUAGUGUUUCAGUUCGUGGUACUAAUCAUGUUUACCAUGGAUCUAAGGAUCUCUCAAGCUACAUCUUGUAUCACUUUGCACGAGCCAUCCAUUGUUGAUAGCCACCAGCAAUGGAUGCUUAAAUUUUCUCGAGUUUAUGAUGAUGAAUUUGAGAAACAAAGGAGGCUUGAAGUGUUCAGUAAAAACUUGAAAUUCAUCGAAAACUUCAACAACAUGGGAAAUCAAAGCUACGAGCUUGGUGUCAAUGAGUUCACGGAUUGGACCGAAGAGGAGUUCCUUGCCACCCACACCGGUCUUAGGGACGUUAAUGUAACUUCACCAUCUGAAGUGGUUGAUGAGACGAUGUCAUCUUGGAAUUGGAACGUCAGUGAUGUCGUCAGCACAAGCAAAGACUGGAGAAAGGAAGGAGCUGUGACACCGGUUAAAUCCCAAGGAGGAUGUGGAGGUUGUUGGGCGUUCUCAUCGAUUGCAGCGGUGGAAGGUCUGACAAAGAUUGCCCAAAGAAACCUUGUAUCAUUGUCCGAACAGCAACUUCUAGAUUGCGCCAGAGAGCAUAACCAGGGUUGCAAGGGCGGAACAGUAGUCGAAGCUUACAAUUACAUAAUAAAAAACCGAGGCAUUGCUUCAGAAAAUGAAUAUCCUUUCCAUGGGAAAGAGGGCCAGUGCCAGACCAAAGCUAGACCCGCAGCAGUAAUCAGAGGGUUGAGAUACGUUCCAAGCAACAACGAACGUGCGUUACUCCAAGCGGUAUCAGGACAGCCUGUCUCAGUGGGCAUUGUCGGGACUGGUUUAUUUCAUUACAAAGGGGGAGUGUACAAUGCGCGCGACUGUGGUAUUAGCGUGAAUCAUGCAGUGACGUUAGUUGGGUACGGCACGAGCCCGGAAGGGAUCAAGUACUGGUUGGCUAAGAACUCUUGGGGUCAGACUUGGGGAGAGAAUGGUUACAUUAGGCUUCGUAGAGAUGUUGAGUGGCCUCAAGGCAUGUGUGGUUUAGCUCAGUAUGCUACUUAUCCGGUUGCGUAACUGAUUCGGUUAAUUCGAGGAUUUAUAUUGAAGUGAUCAUAUAAAAUUGUUUAGAUGUUGUCUAAAUCUACAUCGAAACUUGAGCGUAGCCUGUAACAAUCAUUUAAUUCUCCAUAUAUAUGUACACCUUGAAAGAAAUACCUCUUUACACCUUUAA